AUGACCACCAUCGACGACCUCUUCAAAGGCACGAGCUCGGCGAUAAAGCGCAAAUUCGAGAACCCAUCCGAAUCCGACCCGACACAAGCCUACAAAACCGCGAAACUCAGCUCGAAUAGCGACUCGAAUAGCGACGCCAAGCGACCAGCGCAUGCCUCAGUAGCGGAGGAAGACGAUGACGAGGAGGCAGGACCGUCGUUACCUCCAGAUUCUGGGGACGAAGAAGGCGACGAUGAGGACGGCCGCUUCUUCGGUGGCGGGCUAGACGAAGAUGCGAAAGAUGCGAUGGACUACUUGGAUGCACAAGACGGGGAGGAAGUAAUAGGCGAAGAAAAAUACGAUUCAUCAUGGCUGCGGAAAGCGAGUCUCAAUUUCGAGAAGAAGGUCAACAAAAACGCGUCGUUGCGUGCAAAAUACGAGGAAGACCCGACCAAGUUUAUGGAAUCGGAGGGCGACCUGGACGAGAGCAUAAAGGGUCUUAGCAUAUUAUCAGAGCACUCGGAGCUGUACGAGGAGUUUGCGAAGAGUGCAGCAUCCAUGAAGCUGGUGGAACUGCUGGCGCACGAAAAUACGGACAUCGCAAUUGCCGCUAUUGAGAUGAUCUCGGAGCUCACAGAUGAAGAUGUGGAGGCAGAACAAGAACAGUGGGAUGCGCUGGUAUCGGCAUUCAUGGAGGCAGACCUGCUGGGUCUCCUCAUCUCCAAUUUUAGUCGCUUCAACGAGAGCAACACGGAGGAUGCAUCGGGCGUGUACCAUUCGCUCAGUGUUAUCGAGAACAUACUAUCGCAACCUGCGAACACGGAUCUAGUGGGCAAAGAGCAGAAGCUGCUAGACUGGCUGCUCGGUAGAAUACAGCAGACCGAGAAGCCCACAACUCAAAACAAGCAAUACGCUUCCGAGAUCCUCUCUAUCCUCACUCAAUCAUCACGGCCGAAUCGCAAACGUAUCAUUGAAGCGAACGGCGUCGAGAUAUUCCUCACACAACUUGCACCAUACCGGAGAAUCGACCCACAGAAGGAGAGCGAGGAGGAGGAAUACAUGGAGAACCUUUUCAAUUGCUUGACAUCUCUGGUCGACGAGCCAGAGGGGAAGUUGAAGUUCAUAGACGCAGAAGGUGUGGAACUGUGUCUGCUCAUGGUAAGGGACGGCAAGACUAGCAAAAGCCGGUCACUCAAGGUCUUGGACCACGUCAGUGGAUACGCGGAAUCCGUUCCAACUGAAGAGGCGCAAACGAACGGUCAUAUUUCGAAAGACAACGGCAAGCAGGCUGUGGAAAGUAUAUCGAAUACCGCAGCCCCAGUGUGCGAGAAGAUCGUCGGAGCGCGAGGCCUCAAACCCAUCUUCAGCGCCUUUAUGAAGACUAAGAGACACGACCCUGAAACCACCGAACACAUACUCGGUAUCUUUGCUUCGUUACUCCGUUCAUUACCCGGCAACACCGACUGCCGCUUCCGCGUUCUCGCUAAGUUCCUUGAAAAAGACUACGAGAAGGUCAACAAGCUCGUGGCUCUGCGCAGAGACUACGCUGCACGUGUCGCUGCCUUUGAUGCUAGGCUCAAGGACCGGAAACGAGGGCUGUCCAAAGAAGAGCAGGACGAAAUUGAUGUGGAGAACAUCCCGUCACGGCUUGACGAAGGCUUGUAUUGCCUAGAGCGUGUGGAUGCCAUUCUUGCAUGGCUGGUGGCUGAAGAUGAUGGAGCGAAGAAAGCCAUCGUGAAGGCGCUGGGUGAGCGAGAUGAAAGCUUGAGGGACGUGAAAAGGACAUUGCAGGCACAACUAGACGGGGUGUUGGAGGUGGAAUCUGCUGAGCGGGAGAUGUUGGAGACUUUGGUCGCAUUCCUACAGUGA